AGGCUGCUCUGACUCCGACCACAGGCUGUUUUGUGCAGGCUGUCCCUCUCCUUCGAAAUCAAGCAUCCCCUCCCCGAAGCAGCAGGCAGUGUGCCUCCAUUCGGCCACAUUUGGUAUGCAUGAGCACGGCUGCAGGGAGAGGGGAGGUGGCUUUCUUAAGAAGGUUCAGGGGCUCAGGAAACGCCACUUGACUAGACUCCCAAGUUCCAGGAAGCCUCUGCCCUAAUGGAAUUUGCAGGUGUGGAGAUGACCAUGGGAUGCCAGGGCCGUGGGGGGCCGUUUAUUUUCUAGGCAUUGCCCAGAUUUGCAGUCUCUUGUCUUCCUGGUGGAAUUUGGAAGGGGUCAUGAAUCAGACUGAUGCUUCUCGACCCCUAAAUUGGACCAUCCGGAAGCUAUGCCACGCAGCCUUUCUCCCAUCUGUCAGACUUCUCAAGGCUCAGAAAUCCUGGAUUGAAAGAGCAUUUUAUAAAAGAGAAUGUGUUCACAUCAUACCCAGCACCAAAGACCCCCAUAGGUGUUGCUGUGGGCGCCUAAUAGGCCAGCAUGUCGGACUCACUCCCAGUAUCUCUGUGCUUCAGAAUGAGAAAAAUGAGAGUCGCCUCUCCCGCAAUGACAUCCAGUCUGAGAAGUGGUCCAUCAGCAAACACACUCAGCUCAGCCCAACAGAUGCUUUUGGGACCAUUGAGUUCCAAGGAGGUGGCCAUUCCAACAAAGCCAUGUAUGUCCGAGUAUCUUUUGAUACGAAACCUGAUCUCUUGCUACACCUGAUGACCAAGGAAUGGCAGCUGGAGCUUCCCAAGCUUCUCAUCUCUGUGCACGGAGGGCUGCAGAACUUUGAACUCCAGCCCAAACUCAAGCAAGUCUUCGGGAAAGGGCUCAUCAAAGCAGCCAUGACAACUGGAGCGUGGAUCUUCACUGGAGGGGUCAACACAGGCGUCAUUCGUCAUGUUGGAGAUGCCUUGAAGGACCAUGCAUCUAAGUCUCGAGGGAAGAUAUGUACCAUAGGUAUCGCCCCCUGGGGAAUUGUGGAAAACCAGGAGGACCUGAUUGGAAGAGAUGUAGUCCGGCCAUACCAGACCAUGUCCAACCCCAUGAGCAAGCUCACCGUUCUCAAUAGCAUGCAUUCCCACUUCAUCCUGGCUGACAAUGGGACCACGGGAAAAUAUGGAGCAGAGGUGAAACUUCGCAGACAACUGGAAAAGCACAUUUCGCUCCAGAAGAUAAACACAAGAUGCCUGCCGUUUUUCUCUCUUGACUCCCGCUUGUUUUACUCAUUUUGGGGUACUUGCCAAUUAGACCCAAUUGGAAUCGGCCAAGGGGUUCCUGUGGUGGCACUCAUAGUGGAAGGAGGACCCAACGUGAUCUCGAUUGUUUUGGAGUACCUCCGAGACACCCCUCCUGUACCAGUCGUGGUCUGUGAUGGGAGUGGACGGGCAUCCGACAUCCUGGCAUUUGGGCAUAAAUAUUCAGAAGAAGGCGGACUUAUCAAUGAAUCUCUAAGGGACCAGCUAUUGGUGACAAUACAGAAGACCUUCACGUACACUCGCACCCAAGCUCAGCACCUGUUCAUCAUCCUCAUGGAAUGCAUGAAGAAGAAGGAACUGAUCACAGUAUUUCGAAUGGGAUCAGAAGGACACCAGGACAUUGAUUUAGCUAUCCUGACAGCAUUACUCAAAGGAGCCAACGCAUCUGCCCCAGACCAACUGAGCUUAGCUUUAGCCUGGAACAGAGUUGACAUCGCUCGCAGCCAGAUCUUUAUUUACGGGCAACAGUGGCCGGUAGGGUCCCUGGAGCAAGCCAUGCUGGAUGCCCUAGUCCUGGACAGAGUGGAUUUUGUGAAAUUACUCAUAGAGAACGGAGUAAGCAUGCACCGUUUCCUCACCAUCUCCAGACUAGAGGAACUGUACAACACGAGACAUGGGCCCUCAAAUACAUUGUACCACUUGGUCAGGGACGUCAAAAAGCGAGAGUAUCCAGGUUUCGGUUGGAUCUAUUUUAAGGGAAACCUGCCCCCGGACUACAGAAUCAGCCUCAUAGACAUUGGCCUGGUGAUUGAGUACCUGAUGGGCGGGGCUUACCGCUGCAACUACACGCGCAAGCGCUUCCGGACCCUCUACCACAAUCUGUUUGGCCCCAAAAGGCCCAAAGCCUUGAAACUGCUGGGAAUGGAGGAUGACAUUCCCUUGAGGAGAGGAAGAAAGACAACCAAGAAGCGUGAAGAAGAGGUGGACAUUGACUUGGAUGACCCUGAGAUCAACCACUUCCCAUUCCCCUUCCAUGAGCUGAUGGUGUGGGCUGUCCUCAUGAAGAGGCAGAAGAUGGCCCUGUUCUUCUGGCAGCAUGGAGAAGAGGCCAUGGCCAAAGCCUUGGUGGCCUGCAAGCUCUGCAAAGCCAUGGCUCACGAGGCCUCUGAGAAUGACAUGGUUGAUGACAUUUCCCAGGAGCUGAACCACAACUCCAGGGACUUUGGCCAGCUGGCUGUGGAACUCUUGGACCAAUCCUACAAGCAAGAUGAGCAGCUGGCCAUGAAACUGCUAACGUAUGAGUUGAAGAACUGGAGCAACGCCACAUGCCUGCAGCUGGCUGUGGCUGCCAAGCACCGUGACUUCAUUGCACACACGUGCAGCCAGAUGUUGCUCACUGACAUGUGGAUGGGCCGGCUCCGCAUGCGCAAGAACUCAGGCCUCAAGGUAAUUCUGGGAAUUCUACUUCCUCCUUCAAUUCUCAGCUUGGAGUUCAAGAAUAAAGAUGACAUGCCUUAUAUGACUCAGGCCCAAGAAAUUCAUCUCCAAGAGAAGGAGCCAGAGGAGCCAGAGAAGACCACAAAGGACAAAGACGAAGAGGACAUGGAACUCACAGCGAUGUUGGGGCGAAACAACGGGGAGUCAUCCAGAAAAAAAGAUGAAGAAGAAGUCCAAAGCAGGCACCGCCUCAUCCCCGUGGGCCGCAAGAUCUAUGAGUUCUACAAUGCACCCAUUGUGAAGUUCUGGUUCUACACCCUGGCAUAUAUUGGAUAUCUGAUGCUCUUCAACUACAUUGUGUUAGUGAAGAUGGAGCGCUGGCCUUCCACUCAAGAAUGGAUCGUCAUCUCCUACAUUUUCACUCUGGGAAUAGAGAAGAUGAGAGAGAUCCUGAUGUCAGAGCCUGGCAAGCUGCUGCAGAAAGUGAAAGUGUGGCUGCAGGAAUACUGGAAUGUCACAGACCUCAUCGCCAUCCUCCUCUUCUCGGUGGGAAUGAUCCUUCGACUUCAAGACCAGCCCUUCAGGAGUGAUGGGAGGGUCAUCUAUUGUGUGAACAUCAUUUAUUGGUACAUCCGUUUACUAGACAUCUUCGGCGUGAACAAGUAUCUGGGCCCAUAUGUAAUGAUGAUUGGGAAAAUGAUGAUAGACAUGAUGUACUUUGUCAUCAUUAUGCUGGUGGUGCUGAUGAGCUUUGGGGUCGCCAGACAAGCCAUUCUCUUUCCCAAUGAGGAGCCAUCUUGGAAACUGGCCAAGAAUAUCUUCUACAUGCCAUAUUGGAUGAUUUAUGGGGAAGUGUUUGCAGACCAGAUAGACCGUAAGCAAGUUUAUGAUUCUCAUACACCAAAGUCAGCUCCCUGUGGACAGAAUGAGACCCGAGAGGAUGGCAAGACAAUCCAGCUACCCCCAUGCAAGACAGGAGCAUGGAUUGUGCCAGCCAUCAUGGCCUGCUACCUCUUGGUGGCAAACAUCCUUCUGGUCAACCUCCUUAUUGCUGUCUUCAACAACACAUUUUUUGAGGUAAAGUCGAUAUCCAACCAAGUAUGGAAAUUUCAGAGGUACCAACUCAUCAUGACUUUCCACGAGAGGCCAGUUCUGCCCCCACCGCUCAUCAUCUUCAGCCACAUGACCAUGAUAUUCCAACAUGUGUGUUGCCGAUGGAGGAAACACGAGAGUGACCCGGAUGAAAGAGACUAUGGCCUGAAACUCUUCAUAACUGAUGAUGAGCUCAAGAAAGUGCACGAUUUUGAAGAGCAGUGCAUAGAGGAAUAUUUCAGAGAGAAGGAUGAUCGCUUCAACUCAUCCAAUGACGAGAGGAUACGGGUGACGUCAGAAAGGGUAGAGAACAUGUCCAUGAGGCUAGAGGAAGUUAAUGAGAGAGAACACUCCAUGAAGGCUUCACUCCAGACUGUGGACAUCCGGCUGGCACAGCUGGAAGACCUCAUCGGGCGCAUGGCCACAGCCCUGGAGCGCCUGACAGGUCUGGAGCGGGCAGAGUCCAACAAGAUCCGCUCAAGGACCUCCUCAGACUGCACAGAUGCAGCCUACAUCGUCCGCCAGAGCAGCUUCAACAGCCAGGAAGGGAACACCUUCAAACUUCAAGAGAGUAUAGACCCUGCAGGUGAGGAGACCAUGUCCCCAACUUCUCCAACCUUAAUGCCCCGUAUGCGAAGCCAUUCUUUCUAUUCAGUCAAUGUGAAAGACAAAGGUGGUAUAGAAAAGUUGGAAAGCAUUUUCAAAGAAAGGUCCCUGAGCUUACACCGAGCUACUAGCUCCCACUCAGUAGCAAAAGAACCCAAAGCUCCUGCAGCCCCUGCAAACACCUUGGCCAUUGUUCCUGACUCCAGAAGACCAUCAUCAUGCAUAGACAUCUAUGUCUCUGCCAUGGAUGAGCUCCACUGUGAUAUAGACCCUCUGGAUAAUUCCAUGAACAUCCUUGGGCUGGGUGAGCCAAGCUUUUCAGCUCUAGCACCUUCCACAGCCCCUUCAAGUAGUGCCUAUGCAACCCUUGCACCUACAGACCGACCUCCAAGCAGGAGCAUUGAUUUUGAAGACCUCACCUCCAUGGACACUAGGUCUUUUUCUUCAGACUAUACCCACCUCCCAGAAUGCCAAAACCCCUGGGACACAGACCCUCCAAUGUACCAUACCAUCGAGCGGUCCAAGAGUAGCCGCUACCUAGCGACCACACCCUUUCUUCUGGAAGAGGCCCCCAUUGUAAAAUCCCAUAGCUUUAUGUUUUCUCCUUCAAGGAGUUACUAUGCCAACUUUGGGGUGCCCGUGAAAACAGCAGAAUACACAAGUAUUACGGACUGUAUCGACACAAGAUGUGUCAAUGCCCCUCAAGUAAUUGCCGACAGAGCCACCUUCCCUGGAGGUCUCGGAGACAAAGUAGAGGACUUAUCUUGUUGCCACCCUGAGCGAGAAGCAGAGCUGAGCCAUCCUAGCUCUGACAGUGAGGAGAAUGAGGCCAGAGGCCGGAGAGCUGCCAAUCCGAUCUCCUCUCAGGAGGCUGAAAAUGCAGACAGAACCCUAUCCAACAACAUCACAGUUCCCAAGAUAGAGCGUGCCAACAGCUACUCGGCAGAAGAGCCAAGCGUGCCAUAUGCACAUACCAAGAAGAGCUUCUCCAUCAGUGACAAGCUUGAUAGACAGAGGAACACCUCAAGCCUACGAAAUCCCUUCCAGAGAAGUAAGUCCUCCAAGCCAGAGGGCCGAGGGGAUAGCCUAUCCAUGAGGAGACUGUCUAGAACAUCAGCUUUUCACAGCUUUGAAAGCAAACACAACUAAACCUUCUAACCCUGUGUUGCAGGAGGCUCGAGAAUCCAGCACUAAAAUUCUCCCCAUGUCCACCUUGUUCCCCCUUCCUUGAGUUAUAUCUGCUUUACUCUUAGCUGAGCAAAACAAUGCCUUGGGAGAUGUUAACUCAAAGGUAACCUCUGGGCCACACACAGGUCAAGCAAGCAUUCCAUCUGGCCCAGUGCCAAACACAGGGUGUUAAGGCAUGUUCACAUUGUUGGGGAGGGAGGGGAAAAGAGAAAAGCAAGGGGUUAGGGAUGAAUGUGUGUAACCAGGCACCACAGAAAGCCAUGAGCUCUGAUGGGCUCAAGCAUUCUCCAUGCCAGCAGGCAUCAUGGGACUUCUGCCCUGUUAUCGAGAGUUGAGGCAACGGGGCUAAGUUGCAAAAUGAGAUAAAAGAGCCAGCAUACAAGAUGAGAUAUUCUAAACUUCAAUUCUGUUUUCUUUUCACAUUGGUUCCAUCACUGGUGACUGAUGAAGAACAUCCUUUUUAUUCAGUAUAAGCCGGCAGCAAGCAGUUCUACCUAACGUCCCACAUCCUUCUCAUGCCAACACUUCUGUAAUUGGUCAUUAUAAAGAAAAACAAGGUAACAGUCAUAUAUACAGUUCACCUGUCUCUUAUAUAUUCACUUCUGGUGCCACAACUGUUUAUCUCUUUAGAAGAAAAUAAGGGAACAGAAAUGCCUUUUUUUUUUCUUUUUGUCUUGCAAUCGAAAUGAAAGAAGAAUUGAUGCUAACAGCAAAAGUCGUAUGAUUUAUAAUAUACCAUGGGCAAUCAAGUAUAUAGUCAAGCAAGCUCAGGAUGAAUGUAAUUAAAUAAUUUUAUAUUUUUAAGUUAUUUUGUAUCUCACCUGUCAUCAAUGAAUUCACUCAUCAAAUAUGUAAUAUUGAACUUUAAGAAAAAACAGUGGGAAGAACUAACAUUAAAUUGCCACGUGGGAUAUUGUUAUACUCUCACCAUUCAUAGUGUGUGAUGCUGCUGUGUGGCCUUCAUCAUUUGCAUGUUUCCACUAUGUCCUCCGAACACCUCCAAGAUGUAACUGCCAAACUUCCACACCACUCAUCACGUGACCGUUUUGUAUUUGAACACAUGGUUCUAUGUGGAUAUUUUCAUACCUAGAAUUUAGUCAUCUAAUCUGGGCUCAGCAUAAAUUUAAUCGGAUUUUUUCAAGGGCUGGUAUCUUUUUUAUGGAAAUGUUCCAAAGUACUUUGUUUUGUUUUGUUUUUGAGACAGGGUUUCUCUGUAUAACAGCUCAUUUGUAGACCAGGCUGGCCUUGAACUCACAGAGAUCUGUCUGCCUCUGCCUCCCUUUGUGCUGGGAUUAAAGGCUUGUGCCACCACCACCCAGCUCCAAAGUACUUUUUAAGGAAGUUUAAAAACCAUAAAUAACCUUAGACUUGACUAGGGGCUUGACAUCAACCCAAAGCCAUCAGUUGCAGACAGACCAUGAAUAUGUUUCUAUAAAAAAGAUACAGUAGGCCAAAAUAGAAAGCAAACAUACCAUAUACAGAGUUCUAUAGUUUAUGCUGCUCAUGUAUACAUCCAUAUACAUAGACACAUGUUUAUAUACAGUAAUAAACAGACACAGAGAGAUUUCUUAAGAGGCUUUGACUCCCUGUCACCUGAAGGUAUAACCAAGACUAUUUUUUAAUAUCCAAGAAGUUUCACUGGAAAAGCUCAUUGUACUAUUGGACCUACUGUUGAAAUUACAAUUUUCAGAAACUCUCUGUCAUUUUACUCUUUCCUUACAUUGAACAAGAACUGUCGAAAUGGCUCACCCUUGCCCUCUGCCGUCUCCUGUUUGAAGCACCCACUGUUGUGACAUCUUUCACUCUGGUUUCUCUGACACGAAGCUAUUGCCACCAAAUACAAUCUGAAUACAUGUGUGAUUCCAAGCCAGCUUGUAUUACACAGUCUAGAAUUUUCUAGAAUCUAAGUUUCUAGAUUAGAAUCUGGAUUGAAAGUGGGGUAAAGAAAUCUUGACCACAAAACUUUGGGCUCCUAUUUGGAUCACUGAACAUUUUAAAAUAAUCAAGUCUUUACGAAAAAUGAGCCAGGAAUAGUGGUGAUGCACACCUGUGAUCCCAGCACUUGGAGAGAAGAGGCAGGAGGAUGAGGAAUUCAGAGUCAGUCUCUGCUAUAUAUCAAGUUCAAGGCCAAUCUGGACUACAUGAGACCCUGUCACAAAAAAAGAAAGAAAAGAUUGUAAAAAGGAAUUUUCUUUGAGCUAGGGAUGGGGCUCAGUGGCACAGCACUUGCUUAGCAUACUCAUGGCCCUGUGUUCCCUCCCCAUUGAUGAGGGGAAAAAGAGGAGGAGGAGGACGGGAAGGAGAGAGAGAGAAAAAACAGAAACAUGAUUUCAUGUCCCUGGCCCCAGAUACUCACUGAUUCUUUUAACUAUAGCUGUACCUCACUUGGUGGAAUCAAGUCAAUCCCUCACAAAACCUCUAGCCUUUAAAUAUUUUUUUUUUAAAGAAACAAGCUUUUCAGCUGAAAACAGUAGCAAGCUACCAGACAUGAAGAAUCAGUUUUCAUCCUGGGUAUUUAGGUAACACCCAACCUCUUCAUUGAUAACUGGGCUAGAGACACAUCCUCAUUGAUCUCCCUCCCAGCAUAUAUGUGUUGAACCUGGGAGUAAAUCAUUUAACUCUGAGCCUCCUUGAGCCAUGAACCCCUGUGAGAACCUCACAGAAACCCCGAGCCCUCCCACCCCCCAACUUCACAUCCACGUGAAGCUACAGUGUAACUUUAAGGGGUUCACAAAUCCUCUGGUUCCAGUGACUGAUGAGGACAGAGACCAUGUUUAUCAUCAGUCAAAUGGGAACAGGCACGAUACACUUGUAGACCACUUCCCUGUGAAUCUCUGGAAGGCCAAGUCUCAGCAUUUCUGUUCCUUAGAUUAGACAUGGUUGGUUAGCUGGAUGGUGUUGUGCCCUAACAUUUUCAUGACUUUGAGUAGCAAGCAUUCUCAAAUGCAAAGACUCUCCGAGGGAAUCCACAGGGGAGUCCAAGGAAAUGAACUCAUCAUCUUUGACCAUAGAGCAGGGUACCAAGCACUGUGGGGCCUGGCUUGGGACCUCAUUGGAAGCAAGGGAGAGAAAGGACAAGUCUGAGUGUUUGUUUGUUGUGAUCACCUGAGAGAAAGACAGUGUGACCUGGGAAAGGAAACACUUAACAGUCCUGAGCUUUUGUUCUGCAUGAAAAUUAAGUGCUAACAUCCUUGGUGAAGUGUGUGAAAUCUCUAAGCCAAAUGUAAACAACUUAAGACGCAAACUGUGUAGGUCUCAUAAGCCAUCUCCUUCCUGUGCACAUGCGUGUGUGUUAUUUCCAGUCCCAUCUCCUUCCAUUUCUGGGUUCUCUGCACACCAGUGUGGCAUUGAUUCUGUGGCCUUGUACGGACAGCUUGUGUUCAGCUCAUUUGUCCCACCAUGUCCCUGACUGAGGGGACCUGAAUGACCUGCCUUGUGAAUUAAGCAGCUCAUGAGCAGCCAGUCACUGAAGACCAUACAUAAAUAAAGUCAUAGAGGGCUCAAGAAAGAGAGAGCUUAUUCAAUCGUCUGCUUCAUAGGUGCCAAUUUUUAUAUACUGUGAUGUGUGAUGAUUUGUUCUAAAUUGCUUGCUUGUUCCUUUUGGGAAAGGAGUUAAGGAUGUUUUAUAAAAAUGGCCAUAUUUUAUAUUUACAGUUAGAAACUGAUAGAUUUGAAUGGAGUGCUAGAAAGUAAGAGGAUAAUUGUCAUGGCCGGUUUGUGUUUCUGAAAGCCAAAAGGAGGGCAGUCAGAGUGUGGCACUUUAUAGAACUGGGCGUUUCUUUAAAUUGAAGCUUCCAGGGCCAGAUAUUAUUUAGCACUUUGAAAGUUCCCCCUUUAAAAAAAAAAAUAUAUAUAUAUACCUAUACCAGAAUAAUGAAAUGGGGGGGUGUACUUGUGAAAACACAAAAUGUGUUUCUUCUGAAUGUUACAAAUGUAUUUUAAAAAUCUGGUUUCUAUAGAUAACAUUAUGGUAGAUCACUGGAUAGUACGUUUCUUCUUUCUGCAGCUGUACAGCUAAUCUUCCUGGAUGUUUGGGCUGUUUGAUUUCUUUAAAGAUAAUAUUAUCCAGUUAUCCAUCAUGCUAUAUCUAUAGGCUAUGCCAUGUGACAUGUUGGGCAAUGCUGUAUCAUAAAACACAUGUAAACCUAUCUGUAACCUGUGUUUAACCCAGCAUAGUUGUAGCAUGUGGUUGUAUUAAUGAACGUUACAGGACAGCUUUAUAUUCAUUUAUAAAUCUGUAACAUUCAAUAAAGAAGCACAUGUGGUAAGGAUUGAGUAUGUUCCCAUUUCCAUGUUAUUUAGUAGCCUCCGAUAACGGGAAUUUUUGUUCCUGGUCUUCAUUAUGUUGUUCACAUUCCUCAGACCACUGUAAAAUAUUUGUAUAAGCUGAUGUGCAUCCUCUACCAGGUCCCGCUAGCUGUGAGAGGUACGGUAUGGUUCUGACAAGCUGGCAUGUUAUGCAAAAUACUAUAUAGCAAAUGAACUUAAAUAUUUUAAACUCCAGUUGAAUUAGCUGUUUGUUUACGUCUGCUGACCCCACGUGGAAGCAGUGUACAGUAUUUUAUAAAUACGUUCAUUCCGUAGCACAGUCUGUUCUAGAAAAAGUGAUGCUAAUGUUUAAUGUUUAGGUGGCUGUAUACUUGGCCUAGAUAUUGCAUUCAACUCACUAAUCUUUACAGUAACAAUUUGACUUGACUGAAGUAAUCCCUGUCCAAACCCUGUCUUAAUUUUGUGUCAGCACAAUGCACGCUGUGCUUUAUGCAUUUCUUUUGACUUUUUUUUUUAGUGCACUUAACAUUUUACUCUUGUCUGCUGCAAUGCUUAAGCCAGUUAGGGACCCGCUCCAAUUGUUGGGCUUCUUAAACUGGGACUACGUUCAGGUUUCAAAAAUUAAAACUAAGUAACCAAGGGUUUCUUCUUUCAAGCUGGUGAAGCUCUGAACGGAUACUAUGAAAAAAAGUAUCAACUGCAAGUUGUAAUAGCUAGGGGACCCAGAGACGGCAAGCCAGCACCACUCUGGAGUCCCGAGGUCCAGGUGUGGGAGCAUCUGUGAUACGCAAAAGACACAUUCUUUAGAGCUUCCUGGGUGCAAAUUGCUAAACCAGAGAUGAAAGCCAAAGGUCCACAAUGACAGGACAGAAAGGCACAGAUCGCUAUGAGUGGAUGGUCCCACAGUAAUGGAUGAGACCUCCCUUCUUGUCCUGUGGCUUUCACACCCUGUGGGCGGGCUGGGCCCAGAGGUGGAACGGGGUGAUUGUUUGAUGAAGCACCAGGUAACUCCAAAGAGUUUCUUCUUUAAAGAAGUCGCUGUUCCAUUGUUAGAAGCUAUUCAACAUCUGGAAAGGGAUGGUUCCAACUUGCACAGUCUAAAUGCUCCCAAAAUGAGUAGGGAAAUCUUUCCUCUCCACCAGCUUUGCCCUGUGCUGUCUCUGGUGUCUACGAGUCAAGCAUCUUGUCUCUCAGAUUAGAGUCAAUAAAAGAGGGGGUUGGUUCUGAUUAAAGAAGAACACUUUCCUUUUUCAAAUUAAUUUCAGGGCGUGUUAGUACGGCCUUUGCUCUCGUGAUCUCCUUGCGCUGGUCACCCCUAAUAAAAUCAAGAUGUACUGAUUUCUGUGUGUCAUCUAAGAGGGGGUGCAGGUAACCAGAUCAUCCAGAUUAAUCAAAAGAGGUGAUUCCUUUCCUAAUUUUCCUGGAAUAACUGGUCACCUUCUGCAACACGUGAUCCCCGCAUGGGUGUUGGGGGCUGGAAAGUGAACGGAUGGACAUCUAUGUAGAUGCCCAUAGAUUCCGAGGGGCAUUAGUGCCAGCUCUGGCUCCAGUCCUUUUGGAUUGCUGAAGAAUGUGAGGCACAGGGUGAGAUCAGCCUUGGGCCUGGGGGCACAGCUUUUUUCUUUCUUUUUCCUUAGUCUAAAGCUAGCUCCCCUUUUUUUUUUUUUCCGUGUAUGUGAGACCAACAGACUCAUCUGUUACCUCCCUAUGGACCCCAAAACAGUAAUCUCAAACAUCAACUACAUGGAAAAGCCAGAUGUUCUGAAUUUGACCCAGGUCUGAUCUUCCAGUUGACUUCACCUCCUCCCUCCAACCAAGUUCCUAACGUGGCUGCUGUAGCACCUGUCAUGUCUGAUUCUGAAUUGCCUGUCUGAAUCCUGAAAGGCCCUCUACAUCUUCACCCAGUCGCCUGCCUCUCUCUCUAUGAAGGGAUUACAAACUCAAUGCAAGACCCAGAUCUAGAAUGCAAAGGAAUGGGCCUAGGAAAGACAAUGCAAGAGCAUGCAAAUAUAUAUAUAUAUAUUUGUCCCACAGAAAGAUUCAAAUUUGGGUUUUCAACCGCUGUACUAGCCACAUAGGUAUGUAGGUGUGUGCCAGCAGAAUUCCCAAUGGCCAUGUUUUGGGGCCUCUGAUUUGGAGCCAAGCACGGUCUGAUUCAUGAUUCUCACAUAGAGAGCAAACACAUCAAAUACACUCAAGAACUCUGAGUUGGGAGAAGCAUCUCACCCUAUUCAGGGUGACUCCUGGAUGACUUCCAUGUAUGUUGAUUAGCAUGUUUGACUGGAUCCAAACACAGGAUCAGCGUGAAGGAGACUAUGAGCAAGGAUACUAUAGCCUGUGAAGACUUACCUGCUUCCUGUCACUGGAGCAUCUGAACUGAGUUUCUAUUGCUGCUACCACUGUGUAAGACAGUCCGUGUAGUCAGUACACUACAUUCAUAGCCAUUUCAUAACAUAGCACUUAGACUCUCACUUGUAAAUGCUCUAACCAUAGUUUAUAAUGGGGGAAAUUAUUCAGAUACCAUUUUUAAAUGAAUUCCUAUAAAUACAAUGAUUUUGAAAUUGGGUUUACUAAAUAUAUAUAUAUACAUCUUUUCCUUCUUUCAUGUAUGAUAGAAAGAGGUUUGCAUAUCUACUGACACUAUGAAUAUAUAUAUAUAUAAAUCUAGAGGCAUUGUUCUUUUUUAACGGUCUGUUACUCGAUUCACAAUGCACUUUGAGCUUGUCUGUUUAGAUAUAUAAAUUUGAAGCAGAAGUUGGCAGAUUCUACAGGCAAAGAACUUUCUGGAAUUUCUGUAACAAAUGUUUUGCAAUAAAAAAAAAUACAAAUAGUUUAAAACAUGA